AUUUUGCCGAUGUUUGUCAUGGAUGUGCUGGGAGAUAUCGUGGGUCUACCGGGUCUCUUCGUGGCUGGACUCUUCAGUGGAGCUCUCAGCACUAUUUCUUCGGGGCUAAACUCCAUCUCUGCCUGUGUCCUGGAAGACGUUAUCCGAAUCUACUUCAAGUCGUACAUGAAAGAGAGCAGGGCGAGGAUUGUGUCUCAGGUGCUGGCUCUGAUGUUUGGGGUCGUGUGUCUGGCACUGACGUAUGUGGCAUCAAAGUUGGGCAGUAUUCUACAGGCAGCGCUCUCACUGUUCGGUAUGAUUGGUGGACCACUGCUUGGAGUCUUCUCGUUGGGCAUGUUCUUUCCGUGGGCCAAUAAAUGGGGAGCUUACUGUGGCCUGUUUGGCAGCCUGCUUCUUAUGUUUUGGAUUGGGGUGGGUGCUGCCGUGGUGAAACCUCCAUAUGAAACGGCAAUCAGGUCCACAGAGUAUUGUAACAUAACAGCUUUCGACAAUGACACUGUGGCUGCAUUGCUGGCUACCAGUGUGCCACCCCCAGUGACUGACAGAGAUGCCACAUAUCCCCUGUACACACUCUCCUACAUGUGGUACAGUGCCACCGCCGUCCUGACGUGUAUUGUUGUUGGCCUCAUCGUCAGCUUUCUUACAGGAGCGACCGACCCAAAGGAUCUAGAUCCUAAAGUUGUGUGCCCUUUGUUUGAUAUAAUGUUCCCAUUUCUUCCGGAACGUAUCCUGAAGCCACUUCGCUUUGGAGUCAACCAUCAACAGACACGUGACAAAGGUGAUGAUUCGGCACCAGACAAAAGUCUAGACGAUUCUUCUAACGGACGUGUGCUGGCAGAAACGGAUUUCAAGACAGCACAAGAGGACAAAUCAGAAUAUGCAUAUGAAAAUGUGGCAGCAACAAAAUGA